CCCAAACGACGUCGCUUUACACUCCACUGUCUUCCCCGUUACACUACACUCUCUCCAUUAUCAAGGGCGCGCGGGAGACAAAAUAAAAAGUAAUAAAAAAUUAAAUAUCUCGCGACCCUUUUUCAUCCUCUACGCGCACAUAUACAUACACCUAUACUUACAACUCGCAACCCCUUUUGCUCUCGUUUCAUCACUUUCAUUUAAUCAGGGAGAAUUGAGGGAGAGAUGGGUUAUAUAGGGGCUCAUGGUGUUGCUGCGUUGCAUAGGCAUAAGUACAGUGGUGUGGAUCACUCUUAUCUUGCGAAAUAUGUGUUGCAGCCCUUUUGGACUAAAUGUGUUACUUUCUUCCCGCUUUGGAUGCCGCCCAAUAUGAUUACUCUCAUAGGAUCUAUGUUCUUGGUCACUUCUGCCGCCCUUGGCUUUAUAUAUUCACCUCAGUUAGAUUCACCUCCACCCAGAUGGGUUCAUGUUGCUCAUGGUCUACUUCUAUUCCUGUACCAGACUUUUGACGCGGUGGAUGGUAAGCAAGCAAGAAGGACCAAUUCUUCUAGUCCAUUGGGAGAGCUAUUUGAUCAUGGAUGUGAUGCUCUUGCAUGUACCUUUGAGGCGUUAGCCUUCGGGAGCACUGCCAUGUGUGGAAAAGAUACUUUCUGGUUUUGGGUGAUAUCAGCUGUUCCAUUUUAUGGUGCCACAUGGGAACACUUUUUCACCAAUACACUAAUCCUUCCAGUAGUUAAUGGACCUACAGAGGGUCUCAUGCUGAUAUAUGUGGGCCAUAUUUUUACAGCUGUAGUGGGGGCUGAGUGGUGGGUCCAUGAGUUUGGAAAAUCUCUGCCGUUCUUGAGUUGGGUCCCAAUUUUAAGUGAAGUUCCAACAUAUCGAGCCGUAUUGUACUUGAUGAUUGCAUUUGCUGUUAUUCCGACGUUGACAUUUAAUGUGCAAAAUGUUUAUAAAGUUGUCCAGGCAAGAAAAGGAAGCAUGCUUCUAGCUUUAGCGAUGCUUUACCCGUUUGUGGUGCUAAUGGCAGGGAUCUUGAUCUGGGAUUAUUUGUCUCCAUAUGAUAUUAUGGUGAACUAUCCAUAUAUGGUUAUUUUGGGAACCGGACUUGCUUUUGGGUUUCUGGUGGGGAGAAUGGUUCUGUCUCACCUGUGCGAUGAGCCAAAGGGAUUGAAAACUAAUAUGUGCAUGUCACUGGUGUAUCUCCCAUUUGCCAUUGCAAAUACACUCACUGCCAGACUAAAUGACGGGGUUCCAUUGGUUGAAGAGAAAUGGGUUCUCCUUGGUUAUUGUGUAUACACUGGAGCACUCUAUCUGCAUUUCGCAACAUCAGUCAUCCAUGAAAUAACAACUGCUCUUGGAAUCUAUUGCUUCAGGAUAACAAGAAAGGAGGCUUGAGAAUGUGCACUUGUUCUUUACUUUUGGGAACCUCAGAUUCAGGUGGCAGAUUGGUAUGAAAGGUUUAUCCGAGAAUUCAACUAAACAUAUGUUUGAUCGACCGCUGAAUAUUUUUGGUUUGGGCAGAAUGCAGUAGAUAAUCUGGCACAAUUACUUGAUCUUGGCGAUUCCGUGAUUCAUUAUAUUUAUACUUGGCUAUAUGCCAUUUAUGACAUCUGAUCCCUCAUUAUUCGAUGGGAACCCAUUAAUAGCGAUACCUCCUUGUAUUCGGCUUCAGGCAUAGUAGAAGCGGUGAUGAAAUUGAAUAUUUUGUAAUUUCUUCAGAAAGUUGGCUUUAGCUGAAAGCCUGAAACCAAUACAUUCAUCACCAGUAUUAUUUAUGCUUCAUGAACUCUGGGAUCUUCACCACCUUUAGCACAACUUUAAAAUAGAAAUGAUGAUUUGUAGUG